AUGGAUAUAUUUUUAGUAUUAAUUGGUUGUUAUGUUGUUUUUGCUGUAACGAUUUUAUAUACAUUAUUGUUAGGUCAAUCAGAAUUUCAUAGAGAUGGUUGUGUAGGAUCUUUAUAUAUAUUUUUAACUUCUGGUUUACAAGAUUGGUGUGUUGGAUUUUUUGCAAGAUGUUGUCCUAAAAAAUUAAAAAAUGGAUCAGCUUCAUGUUAUAAUUAUUUUAUGUAUAAACCAAAUAGAAUAUUACAAGGAUUCUAUUUAACUUUAGUUUUAUCAGGAUUUUAUUUCUUUUAUUUUGAUUGUUUCCCAUAUAUUGGUGGACCAUACAUUUCAUCAAAUCAUAAAUAUGGAGCAUUUUUUGCAAUCUCUUUCACUUUAUUCACAUUUGUUUUAUCAUCAAAUUCAACACCAGGUUAUAUAAAUGAUUCAAAUUAUAAAUUAUUUAAAAAUUCUUAUCCAUAUGAUAGAUAUCUUUAUAUUAAAAAAAAUUGUGAAUCUUGUAAUUUUAUAAAACCAGCAAGAUCCAAACAUUGUAGAAUUUGUGAUAGAUGUGUUGGUAGAUUUGAUCAUCAUUGUCCAUGGAUUAAUAAUUGUGUUGGAGAGAAUAAUUUAAGAUAUUUCUUAUUAUUUGUAUUUUCAACAUCAAUGUUAUGUAUGUAUGGUGCUUAUUUAUGUGGAUUUUCAAUGUAUAGUUUUAUGAAGAUAAAUGAUGUUAAAAAUUUAGGAUAUACAAAAGAUGGUGUAUGGACACCAAUUCCAACAGCGAUUUUAUUGAAAUAUAUAGCAUUUGAAUCACGUUCAAUCUUACCAUUAGGUGCAUUUUGUUUUGUAAUUUCAUUAUUUUUAUUUUAUUUCUUCUUUUAUCAUAUUUGGUUAAUUUCAAAGAAUACAACUACAAAUGAAUCUUAUAAAUGGCAAGAUAUUAAAGAUCAAAUUAAAAUUGAAAGAUUAAAACAAAAAAUUAUUGAUCAUGAAAAACUUGAAAAAGAUAACGAUAAUAACAAUAAAAAAGAUAACAAUAAAAAAGAUAAUAAUAAAAAAAAUAAUAAUAAAAAAGAUAAUAAUAAAAAAGAUAAUAAAAAAGAAAAUAAUAAUGAUAGUAUUGUAGAAAAAGUUAAUGAAAUUAUAAAGAAUGAAAUUGGUGAUUCAGAUGAAGAAGGUACAAAUUUAAAUAAAUUAAAGAAAAGAAAUAAAAGACAACAAUUAUCGUCAAAGGAAUCAAAAGAUAAAGAUGAAUUCUAUACAACCUUACCAUUACCAAAAACUUUUAAAGAAUUAAAAAAUAUUUAUAAUAAAGGUUUAAUAUCAAAUCUUUUGGAGGUUUUAUUACCUAAAAAGGUUUAA